GCUGGCUGUCUUGUGCGCGCUUUGGCUUCUUGGCAAGAUAGAGUGCUAGGAUGCAUAUGCUGCCAGGUGGAUAGCAGGGCGCGUGGUGCGUGGGAGCGUGCAAGAGGGAAGCGCAAGCAAAGCCCCAAACCUGCGCUUGAGGCCUGCUCUUUGCGCAUUCAGACAUACUCUAAUGAGGCCUUUACGCUUGGCCACACGGGCGGGGCAAUUGGGGAGGGCGUUUCCUGGCGCCCUGCAACAGGAGCGCGCGCCCUCACCUUGCUCCCUGAGUGCUGGUAUAUAUACCAUCAAGCAAAUGACAUGUUGGUUUGCUUCGCAACACAACGCAGGUGGUUCUGGGGCGGUCAACGCGGAGGCGGUUGCCUUGACCCGCCGACCGUUUUGGCACACCUGAGCCGAGACUGACUGCGAACCGGCUCGGCCUGGCCAUGCCGUACGGGACCCCGUAGCGCAGGCCCCGGGACCCUGCCGCUAUAAAAGCCGGGCGCGCCGGCUUAUUACUAUUAUAACAUACAACUCUCCAACCAGCCACUACUCCACCGGGUAGCCUUCGCAACCUCUUUCAGCCUUCUGAGCAGCACACAGCCACUCCCUUGCUACUUCUUGUCGCGACCCAGUUCGCCCCACAAGCCUCCCCGCUUGCUGACCACCGCACUAGACAGACGCCACUCGCAGACUCGCUUGUGUCAGUGCAACUCCGUCUUGCCCGCCAACGUCCGUGCACGCUGUGCACCUUUCAGCUCGCUCUCCUACGCACGUUCCUCGGGGUCGUCUUUCCCUCGGCAUCAAGAUGUGCCUUCAGAUGCUACUCAAGUCUCUUGAGCACCCUAAGCAGCGCGGCAAACCGCAGGUUGUCGACUGCGGCCUGCGGAACAGGCCCGCUCCGUCCGGCGAAGAGAACCCUGUGCUCCUCAUGCAGCUGUGCGCGCUGCUGUGCACGCCGCCCGCCGGUGGGGUGAAGCCCUACCGGCCCGAGUCCCGCUUCAUGCGUGGCUCGCCCAAGGCGACGGACGCGGAGGGCGGCUUUGUGGACCCCCUCUUCCUUGAAGGGCUGCGCCGCACCCUUCUCUGCAAGAUUGACAAGCCCACACCCGCAACGUCAAGGCCCGUCAAGGUGCUGGUCACCGUCUUCUGAGACUGAGGCCAACUUCUUACUUUGGCUAUAGCCAGCCGCCACUCAGCUCUGGACAAGAGCUAGCGGCAGUGCGACACCGUUUCCUUUAGUUGUAGACUUGUAGCUAAGCAGUUUGUUGCUUGGGACCAUGCCGGAACGGCAGUGGGCGUAUGUGAUUACUUAACUUAGGCCGGCCAGCUGUGACCAUACGUACUUUGGUUGUGCAUUCGUGAUCCCAUCCACUUGCAUGCGCGUGUGUAUGUACGGCCUGUUGCUUAGACAGGUGGGGAAGACUUGUAAGCGUAGGCAGUUGUAGAUGGAUACUAUAGGAGAUGAAGGAAGAGGGUCUUAGGACAAGACCCACGAGUUAGGACGGGACCCAGGAGUCCAGGACCCGAGUCAGCACGUGUGCUGUCCGGCACAAGGACCAAAAAACGUAUCCACUGAACUCAUCAAUUGCUGGACUGAAGCGUAUUGCAUGCCACAAUGAGGCAACGAUAAGGAGUGCAAGACCUGCUGGGAAGCCAGGCUCCUCCAAAUGUAACACAGACCUGUG